AUGCUUGUCUGUACUAUAGGUGCCCAGCUUGCUUGCAGAGCACUGCCAUACCCUUCAAAUGGAAUCUCAGUCAAGCAUGCUGUAUGGGCCCUUUAUUCGGCAUCUUUGGGAGCAACUUUGGCUCCUUUAUUGGUAGUAGCAGGUUCUGCAGUUUUUAUUCAAGCUUCAAUAUACACUGGAGCGAUCGUUACAGGAUUAUCUGUUGCAGCUGCCUCUGCUCCAUCUGACAAGUUCUUGUCCUGGGGUGGCCCUCUUUCUAUUGGUCUUGGAGUUGUUUUUGCCUCAUCAUUAGGCUCAAUAUUUCUAUCGCCUGCUUCUCGCUUGGGCUUUGGGCUUCAUUCUCUCGCGUUAUACGGAGGUUUGGCUGUCUUCUCAGGCCUACUGCUCUACGACACCCAGGCAGUUAUCCGUAGGGCAGAACAACAUCCUCAAUAUUACCCCUACGACCACAUGGCCAUCCAGCCUAGACAUUUUGAUCCAAUAAACAAGUAA